UCAAAAUUUUAUUACUUGUACAAUAGAAAAUCUAUUACCAUAAUCUCUCUCUCUCCCCCCCUCUCUCUCUCUCUCUCUAUAUAUAUAUAUAUACCAAAAAUUGACCAAUAUUAUUGUUUGCUUUCAAAAAAAUUAUAAUCCCAUGCCUGGAAAUUCCCCUCUGAAGAACACCUCUAGGGGUGGCUGGAAAUCCGCCAUUUUCAUCAUCUUUGUGGAAGUAGCGGAGCGUUUUGCUUACUAUGGGGUGGCCGGGAACCUGAUGAUGUACCUUACGAGGGUGCUCGGCCAGCCUACUGCAACCGCCGCCAAGAACGUCAACAUAUGGGAAGGCGUCUCGGCCGUCUUCCCGGUGGUUGGUGGCUUCCUCGCCGACUCCUACGUCGGCCGGUUCAGAACCAUUCUCCUCGCCUCCACCAUAUACCUCAUUGGCCUGGUUCUGCUGACAGUAGCGGUCUCCGCAGUUCCUCCGCGUGCUCAGGGUACACUUUUCUUCAUAGCCCUCUAUGUUCUGGCCAUCGGCGAAGGCGGGCACAAGCCAUGCGUGCAGACUUUCGCAGCGGAUCAAUUCGACGAGGGGCUGCCGGAGGAGAAGGCGGCGAAGAGCUCUUUCUUCAACUGGUGGUAUGUCGGGAUUGUUUGUGGCGCCACCGCCGCGGUGCUGGUGGUGAUUUACGUGGAGGACUAUGUGGGGUGGAAGUUCGGGUUCGGGAUGCUGGUGGUGGCGGUGGCUGCGGCGCUGGUCGUGUUCUUGAUCGGGAGUCGGAGUUACCGCCGCCAGGCUCCGGUAGGGAGCCCGUUUACGAGGGUGGCUCAGGUGGUGGUUGCAGCCGUGAGGAAGCGGCGGUUGGCGGAGGGGGAGGGGCGUGGGAUUUUUGUUGAAGAGGAUGGUGGGACAGUUCACCCUUUGGCUCGUACUAGCCAGUUCAGAUUUCUGGACAAGGCAACGAUGAUAGACGACAAAGACACAUCAACUGAGAAAAGGAACCCCUGGAGACUAUGCUCUUCAAACCAAGUGGAGGAAGUGAAACUACUCCUCCAACUCAUUCCCAUCUGGUUCAGCUGCCUCAUGUUCGCAGUAGUAACAGCCCAACUCGGCACAUACUUCACCAAGCAAGGCAGCACAAUGGUCAGAACCAUCACACCAACCUUCCACAUCCCGCCAGCCUCAUUCCAAGUCUUCACAGGCCUCACAAUCCUAGCCUCCGUCCUGCUAUACGAACGAGCCCUCGUCCCCAUCGCCAGAGCCAUCACCGGCCGCGCCUCCGGCAUAACGAUCCUGCAACGUAUCGGGACCGGACUAGUCCUAUCAAUCUUGGCCAUGGCUGUGGCAGCAUCCGUCGAGGCCAAAAGGGUUAACAUUGCACGCGACAACGGGCUCGUGGACGAGCCUAAGUCCGUCGUUCCAAUGGCCAUUUGGUGGCUGGUGCCGCAGUACGUGAUAUGCGGGCUUUCUGAUGUGUUCACUGUGGUUGGAUUGCAGGAGUUGUUCUAUGAUCAAAUGCCGGUGGAGAUGAGAAGCGUGGGUGCAGCGGCGUACAUCAGUGUGAUUGGGAUUGGGAGCUUUUUGAGCAGUGGGUUGAUAUGUAUCGUGCAAGGGGUUAGCUCGAGGGGUGGGCAUGAGUGGCUUGGGGACAACAUUAACAGGGCUAAUCUUGAGUAUUUUUACUGGGUUUUGGCUGCCCUGAGUGCUGUCAAUCUCUGUGGGUAUGUUUGUCUUGCGAGGAGGUUUGUGUACAAGAGCGCUGAUCAAGGUGGUUUUCAGGGUCGUUCUGGUGAGAAAGAAUUGGAGUAGUAUGGGAAUGUUGAGUGGAAUUUUACUUGUUUGCCAAUUUUUUUGAAAGUUUGUGGAGUCACCAUCAUGUGAUCAAUGUUUUCGUGUUAUAUAUGUUGAGUGACAUUAAAUGUUUGUACUA